AAAGAAAACUGGCCAGAAGAAGCUAGGGAGGUUUUUAAAGUUGAUGUUAUAUGUAUAGAAGAUAGUGAAGAUGAAUGGUAUUCAGAAAAUGAAGAUUAUGAAGAGGACUAUGAGGAUGAAGGGGAUUACGAAUCUGAGGUAGAAGAAAUGGAUUAUGAAAGAACUGAUAGUAUAGAGGAACAAUGGAAUAUAUGGAAGGUGGAUGAGAGUGAAGUAGUGAACAUGAAUCGGCGGGAACAAGAGUAUGAGCAAUUGUUACAUGAUUUCGAAGUAGAAUCAGGUCAUAGGUUGUUAUGGGAAGGCCAUAGUGAUAUUGCCCAACAGUGGUGGGAAUAUGAGAAUGGAAAAGGAGCUGAAAUGUCACUUUCCCAGGACGAAGUAUACUUAGUGGAUGAUUUAAAGGCCAUCUAG